AUGCAACCAGUAGACUUAUUCGGCCUCAUCCAAGCAGACAGGUGUGUAAAAUGUGUAUGUGAUCCAGUUAAAACUGAAAUUGAUUGCUCAACCUACUCAAAGUUCGAUACAGCAACUUCUACAGUUAACAUCCCAGAUUCAUCCUGUUGUAAUUGUUUCUGCCAAUGUGGUUCACUCGAUGCUCCUAUAAGGUCAGAUUACAAUAAUCUGCAUAAAGAAAAGUCGUCAUUAUUUUCAGAUGUUUCUCCUAAUACUGAGAAACACUAUCACCAAAGGUUUAUGAAUUUUGCUUCCCUACAGUAUAAUGAUGAGGCUUAUAUGACUCCGAGAGACUUCGUGAAAUGUUUCUUAUCUCCAGUUGCAACCGUGCCUGUUCACCGAACCAAUUUGUCAUCUAGUGAUAUCAAAGAAAUACUGCAUAAGUCGUCAAAAGUUGAUUUUAGUUAUGGUUUUCUUCGAGAACUAGGUCCUAAUGGUGUAAUAUCAUACAGUGAUUAUCUUUUUCUUAUAUCAGUUCUUACGCAUCCUCAAAGUGGAUUAGAAAUAGCUUUUCGCAUGUUUGACUUGGAUUCAGAUGGGAGUGUUGAUCUUGAUGAAUUUAGAAAGAUAACCAAAGUUAUUCCUAAAUUCUACAUGGGUGAUCAUCAAUGUCAAAAUGUUUCAACAAAUGUUGACGAUACAACUUUACUGCAUCUGUUUUUUGGCAAGUCGGGUAAAAGAAAGCUGCAUCGUGAUGAAUUUUACAAGUUUAUCUCAGGUCUUCAAUCUGAACUUUUACAUUAUGAGUUUGAACAACUUAAUUUGAACCAAGGUGUUAUGUCUCCAGUCGACCUAGGUCGUUCACUCUUGCGAUAUUCGAACAUUAGUGCCGAUAAUGCUCAAAAAGGUUUGUUAAAGAUACAAGCAGAUCGUGAAUUAAUGCAAAAGGACGUUUCGUUUGACGAUUACAAAGCCUUGUUCGAUUUCUUAUUCGUUCUGGAUGAUUUCACCUGUGCGAUACGAAUGUUUUUGAUUUCAAAGCAUUCCAUUUCUAAGGAUGAGUUUCAGAGAGCAGCACGUGCCGUUACUGGGAAGUGUCUCAGCACAGUUGUGCUGGAUACAGUUUUCACUCUUUUUGAUAUUGAUGGUGAUGGUCACUUAAGCGUAUCUGAAUUUAUUGAAACUAUCCGGGCGCGUGGACUUCGUGGAUUAAAUAUCAAUGAUUCUGUACCUUCGCGUGUAGAUUCUUUUAAACAGUGCAUACGGAAGUUCAGUUAUUCAAAGUAA